AUGGAUUCAUUGUUGGAGGGACAGGGGAAGUGGCAAUUGCCUUUAAUGUUCAUUUGGAUAUUCUUCUUCCUUGACUUCACCUGCACUCAUCCUCUUCUCUCCUCUCCUGAAGAAUCCAACCGUACUCUUAAUACUGUCAUACACUCCUCUUCCACUUCCCACAUCUCCCCUUGCCUCACCCCUGGCGAACAACAGGCGCCUCUGCAUUUGAGUGUUACAACAAGGAAUGUUGCUGUUGUCAAAAGAUGGGUGGAAAUUGCAUCUGCAGAAGAAAUUGCUGAUGCCAUUGAUAUACCCUGUCCUAUUGGCACUGCGUUGUGUAUGGCAGCAGCCUUGAAAAAAGAUCAUGAAGCUGAGGGGAGGGCACUGGUAGAAAUACUGCUUGCUGCAGGAGCAGAUCCAACUGCCCAAGAUACCCAGCAUGGGCGGACACCAUUGCAUGCUGCUGCUAUGGCUAAUGAUGUGGAGUUGGUCAAGAUUAUUCUCGAUGCUGGAGUUGAUGUGAAUAUCAGGGAUGUGCACAAUGUGAUACCUCUUCAUGUGGCAUUGGCCAGAGGUGCAAAAUCAUGUGUUGGAUUGCUUCUAUCUGCUGGGGCAAAUUGUAACUUGCAGGACGAUGAAGGUGAUAAUGCUUUCCAUAUGGCAGCUGAAGCAGCAAAGAUGAUACGCGAAAAUCUUGAGUGGAUCAUGAUCAUGCUUAGGUUUCCAGGGGCUGCUAUUACUGUUAGGAAUCACAGUGGUAAGACAUUGCGUGACUUCUUGGAGGCUCUUCCCCGGGAAUGGAUUUCUGAAGAUCUCCUGGAGGCACUCUCGGAUAGGGGCGUUCAUUUGUCUCCUACAGUAUUUCAAGUAGGAGACUGGGUGAAAUUUAAAAGAAGUGUUAUGAGUCCCACCCAUGGGUGGCAAGGUGCAACACACAAGAGUGUUGGGUUUGUGCAAAGUGUCCCAGACAAGGACAAUCUUAUCGUGUCAUUUUGUUCGGGAGAAGCUCGUGUACUGGCAAAUGAAGUUGUAAAAGUGAUUCCUUUGGAUAGGGGACAGCAUGUGCAACUUAAACCAGAUGUCAAAGAGCCAAGGUUUGACUAUAUGUUACUGGUCUUAAAACCUGAAGUUUAG